UUCUCGCACUUCGAAGAGCUGUACAUAUGGUACAAUACAAGUAUGCUUAUGCUCACCAUAUGGUGAGCUCACUGCUUACCAUCCAUACAGCACAGUGCGCACAAGCAAUGAGCAUGGCUUCGCGUUUGGAAGUUGAACGCCUUAUUGGCGAAGUCGAAAAGAGGCCAAUAUUGUGGAAUGUCAAGCUGAAAGCGUAUAAAGAUGUGAUAAAGAAGCAACUACUCUGGACGGAGGUCGCAGACACUCUAGGAAUCCAAGAACACUUGUUUCGUGCAGUUGACGCAGCUCAGAAGAAAUGGAAGUCAAUACGAGACAAUUUCUGGAAAAAGUUCCAAGAAAUAAGAAAAAAGAAGAGGAGCGGUGCCUCUUUUGAGGAGUGCGAGGUUUACCCGGAAGACGACACCUGGCCCUACUUUGGGCAGCUGUUCUUUUUAAAAGAUGUGUGCACUACGAGGAGGUAUUUUCUUUGUACACCAUUAAGCAUUUAACCAUUAAGUACUAGCUCUGAGUGUCAGUAACUCAUUUAAGAAUGCUGUGUUGUUAACUCCUACAAUUGCCCUUUUAAUGCCACACCUAUAUGUCUUUCUUGCUUUGUUCUUACACUAGUGGUUAAACCACAGCAGUUCAUGCAAGUGUUUAAAGUGAACACUUUUGAAAUGCUCAAAUACUGGCAUGUUUGUGCUGUCAAUAUAUUACUCCAGUCCACCGGAUAUUACUGAACCGGAAUGUGAAUACACAGAUGAAAGUACUUCUGUUUGUGACAUGUCUGACAACGUUUUUGUUAAAUCCUACUUUAGGACUUCUGGAAACCUCCAACUGCCUCCUGUAGCGCCCAUGGACAGAGCGGGGACGGCUGACACAGUGUCGUCUCUCAUUAAUUCAUUUUACAAUGUAGCAGAUGACGACACUGUGCAGUCAACCUCUCUGGCUGUGAGUGAUAUUCCCCCGACCCAAGGAGCAUCCCAGCAGUCCUCAGCUUACCCAUCCUUUGAAACCUGUAUGUCCCCUGUAUCUGCCUCACCUGCAUCCCACAGCCAGUCCUAUACCCCAAACCUUCCUGCUGCACUACCCAACACUCCAUCAUCACCUAUUCCUACAUCCAGCACUGAAACUCCUUGCGCUACAACACCUCGCACAGCAACCCCUAGACAACCACCUCGUGCGGCAGAAUUAAGUAAAAAGCGGAAGAGGAGAAAUAACAACAGCGAGGAGGAUGCAUACCUGCGUGCCAUUGACGAACGCCUUCAAAACAAGCCCGAUGAGCAUGAAAGUUUUGCUGCCGUAUUAGCUGAAGGCAUGCGGAGGUGCGCUCCGGAGCAUAUCAAUGACAUGAGGAUUGAAUUCAUACAAAUACUUAAAAAAUAUGACAAAAUGUAAAUCUAGAUUUAAUGGAAGAUUUAGGUGUGGAAUCAUUUGCUGCAUCGGACAUUAAUAUUUAUUCCUUCUUAUUUUUUAUCUUAGUAAUUCACAUUAGCUGUACUGUAGUU